AUGGAAAUGAAACUCAAUGCGCUACUGAAGGUGAUGAUGAAAGAAAAAAGUAUGCCGGAGACAGAGGCAGGCUCAUCGGAACCACUCCUACCGACUCCUCCACCGCAUUUUAAGCUCAUGACGUCCACAGAGGUGCAUGGAGCUCAACCGGAGGUUACAGCUAAGAUUUUUACUCCCAGCUUGCCAAGACUUGAAAUGCCUAUGUUCGCAUCUGGUAAUCCUAGAGAAUGGUUGAGGAAAUGCCAUAAAUACUUUUUGAAUUAUCAAAUACCUGAAAAUCAAAGGGUAGAUAUGGUAGAAAUGUUUUUAGAAGGGAGAGCUGAUAAUUGGUUCCAGGGAGUUAGACUGGAAAAACCUAGGUUGAAUUGGUCUGAAUUUUGCGAGCUGUUGUAUGAAAGGUUUGCAGGGAAGUGGUCACGUGAUGUGGUUGAGGAAUUCAACAAAUUACAACAAAAAGGGACAGUAAAAGAGUAUGAGGAGAAGUUUGAGGAAUUGAAAACGCUCAUGUUGAUCAGAAAUCCUAGGCUGGAUGAAGGUUAUUUUAUAUCCAGUUUCAUUAGUGGUUUAAAGGAUGAGAUUAAACCAAUGGUCAAAAUGUUCAAACCACAGACUCUAUCCAAAGCGUUUGAGGUUGCUGAAUUGCAGGAAUGCUCACUGGAAACCAUGUCCAAGCAACCUAAGACCUCAGGAAGGACUGCGGUUGAACCUAAGUAUGGGAUGUUUAGAAAUCACAGUAAUAGCCAAAACAAUUCCAGCUCCUAUAAACUUCCUGCUAUUGAUCCUACUAAUAGGAAGGUUGACACUAGAUCCAGAGAAGUGAGUAGGAUUUUGGCUGAGGAAAUGCAGUAUAGGCGUAAGCAUGGCCUAUGUUAUAGAUGUGGGGAUAAAUUUGGAGUUGGUCACCAGUGUAAGUCUGGGGGAUUGAACUGUGUAGGUAUAGAGGAAGAGGAUGAAGCUGAAUUCGAAGAUGCGGAAGGAGAACAAGAUGAGCUGACUGGGAGGGUAGGAGAAUUGGCUGAAGUGUCACUGAAUGCUCUAGCAGCAGCAAUACAGAGGAAAUCCAUUUUGCUACUAGGCAACUUAGGUGGAAUACCUGUCAAGAUCCUGGUGGACACUGGUAGUUCUGACAGCUUCAUACACUAUCAAUUGGUUAAGUCUCUUCAGCUCCUUUAUCAAACAGUCAGACCUUUUACUGUAACUUUGGCAGAUGGCACUGACAUCACUAGUGGCACAAUUUGUCCAGGUGUUAGAUGGUUAAUACAGGACUAUCAGUUCCAAUUCGAUCUGAAGAUAAUGGAGUUAGGGAACUGCGAUAUCAUCUUAGGAGUUGACUGGAUGUGUCAAUUCAGUCCCAUCACUUUUGAUUUCCAUGCACUCAGUAUUGCUCUUAGUAGCAGGGGUGACUUAUUACAUCUCCAAGGCUUCAUUAACCAACCUGUGAUGAAACUAGUAAGAGGUAAAGAUCUUAGAACAUUUAUACAAGAAAAGCAAAGGAGCUGUGCCUCUCUACAGGUGGACCCCCAGGGCAAUCAAGAGGAGGAUAUUCCAAAACAAGUGGCCUCAGUCUUGCAACAGUACUCUCAGGUGUUUGAAACCCCUCAAGGACUGCCUCCUGAGAGGGAAUUAGAUCAUCAAAUUACCUUGAAGCCAAGAGCAAAGCCAUUUAAACUUAAACCUUACAGGUACCCCCACGCACAUAAAUCUGAGAUUGAAAAACAGGUGGUUGAAAUGCUUACAAAUGGGAUUGUUAAGCACAGUUGUAGUCCUUUUGCUUCUCUUGUGCUGUUGGUUAAGAAAAAAGACAAUACGUGGAGGCUAUGUGUGGAUUAUAGGAAGCUAAAUGAACUUACUGUCAAGGACAGGUUCCCUAUCCCAAACAUUGAUGAGCUGUUGAAUGAACUACAUGGGAUUAAGUAUAUGUCUAAACUAGACCUCAGAGCUCGAUAUCAUCAGCUGAGAGUCAAGACAGCAGACAUACCUAAGACUGCUUUCCAGACACACCAUGGCCAUUUUGAAUUUUUGGUGAUGCCAUUUGGCCUCACUAAUGCACCAGCCACUUUCCAAUCUUUGAUGAACAGAAUAUUUCAACCUUAUAUGAGGAAGUUCAUAUUGAUUUUCUUUGAUGACAUUCUGGUUUAUAGUCCUACACUGGAAGCACACGCACAGCAUUUGAAGAUUGUGUUGAGCAUCUUAGCUGACAACCAGCUGUAUUGCAAAAAGUCUAAAUAUUCUUUUGCUCAAACUUCAGUGGAGUAUUUGUGA